AUGGGGCACAACGGGUCUCAGUCUCUGCAGGACAUCCUCAAAAACGUUGCACAGGAGACUUUGGGCCUUCUGCCUAAUCUCCUAGGCCAGCUCCAAAGCACAGCCGCCGCCCACGCUGCGCGCAAGUACUCGCUCGAGACCCUUCAUCGCCUGGAUCCGAACUACUGCCCUUCGUAUCCUCAGCCGGCUACCAUUAGAGUCAUUAACGAGGAUACUCUCAACGCUGCUAUUCGUCUGUCGCAGUCGCUCAAAGUUGGCCCACCCGACCCUCGAAUGGCCAGCCCGCAUGUGGCCAUCCUCAAUUUUGCGAACCGCUACAAGCCCUGCGGUGGAUUUCUAAAUGGCCGCAUGGCUCAAGAGGAGGCGCUGUGCUACCGCAGCUCUCUGGCUCUGAGCCUUAACAGAAAUCUCUAUCCGCUCUCUGGGCAAGAAGCUCUCUACAGCCCGUAUGUGCUUAUCUUUCGUCAUGACAUGGCUCAUGGGCAUCGCAUCAUGAGAGAGGUUUCUCCUAGAAACCUCCCUGUCGUCAGUGCCGUGACCAUCGCGGCCCUCUAUCGUCCUAGGAUUCACACGUUCAAGCUAAGGGGCGGCAUCGAACAGCCAGUCUUUGAAAAGGACGAGGAUCGUAACAUCACCAAGAACAAAAUGAGACUUGCCCUGCGGAUCGCGGCUCGCAAAGGACACCGCUCCCUUGUUCUUGGGGCGUUUGGGUGUGGCGUGUACGCAAACCCUCCCGAGGACGUUGCCCAUUGCUGGUUGGAGGUGCUUCGUGAGAAGGAGUUUCAUGGGAACUGGUGGCGUGAGGUCUGGUUUGCUGUCUAUGAUCCGAAGCAGGAGGGUAACUACGAGAUCUUUCAGAAGGUCCUUGCUGGCAAGAGAGUUUGA